AUGAACUCCACCUACAGCCACUUCCAAUUUUCAGAAGACGUACAAAUAUCUCGCGUUCCCCGUAUUCUGGAAAUGAAUCUACGGCGUAUUAGGAAGACCAUGGAGGAGCUUAAUGCCAACUGUGACCACCUCAUGACCCCGCCUCCCUCUUCCGACUCUUUAUCGCUCUCCGGAGAGCCCUCCGCUCCUUUUCACGAUGACGAAAGUAUGACCGACGUCACGGACAACGAAGAUUUGUUCGAUGCACGCUCCUCUAUCUCUUCUAACGAUACCACGUAUUACAGUCCUGGCACAUCCCCCCUCCUGACUGCAUUUCACAUGGAGGACUACGAUGAUUCCAUGUCCGACACUGUUCUCACCGUCGUCCCCGGCGCGACAGAGGCCCCCCCAUUCGAAUUCGACCCUUUUUCCGAGGACGUCGAUGACGUUCUCGCAGAACGUUCUCGAUAUGAUGGAUGGAAACAGCUCGCCAACCAGCUCAACCUCGAGUUAUUUCGAGACUACUUCUUGCGUUACCGCUCCGGUCCUCGGCGCAGGGUAGUCACCAGACAUCCGUACUAUGCGCAUUGGGCUCAUGCAAAGCAAGCGGAGCUCGUGUCGCCUUUGACAGGCGUGGUGGGCACGACGACGGUGGGUAAUGGCUUGCGUCGUUUUGGACAGUCACAACAGGGAGCUUUGGGGGAUCGCAGGGUGGAACUUUUAUGA